GGCCCAGAGGGCAAGUCCCUGUCCAGGGUGUCUCUGAGCCGGAGUGGCUGCACACAUAGGAGAGACCAAACCUACGUGGAACCCGGCAGCCCAACCCCGCCCCCCGCGUCUCCAUGACAACAGCCUCCGCACAUGCGCCUCAAGCACCAGCGCCUGGGCUGGCGGCUUGAGCCGAAGCCGGACGCAAGCAGGGCGGAAGCUGACCCCGCGUGCUGGGCGGCGGGAGCUCUGGGCGGGCUUUUAAAGGGGCGGUCUCCACCCGGGCCCAUUCGCCCGCGGGGACUGCUGAUGGUGAGGGCUGGGUGGGCCUGGGAGUCAGGAUCCAGGAGGCAGAGGAGAAGCAGGUGGCCCAGCCAUGGCCAGACUACCCGCCCCAGGCUCAGUGAUUGUCCCAGACUGGCACGAGACCGCCGAGGGCAAGGAGUACCUGGCCUGCAUCCUGCGCAAGAACCGACGGCGGGUGUUUGGGCUGCUCGAGCGACCAGUGCUGCCCCCGCCUGUGGCCAUUGACACCGCCAGCUACAAGAUCUUUGUGUCUGGGAAGAGUGGUGUGGGCAAGACAGCGCUGGUGGCCAAGCUGGCUGGCCUGGAGGUGCCCGUGGUGCACCACGAGACCACUGGCAUCCAGACCACCGUGGUAUUUUGGCCGGCCAAGCUGCAGGCCAGCGACCGUGUUGUCAUGUUCCGCUUUGAGUUCUGGGACUGCGGGGAGUCUGCGCUCAAAAAGUUCGAUCACAUGCUGCCGGCUUGCCAGGAGAAAACAGAUGCUUUCCUCUUCCUCUUCUCCUUCACUGACCGUGCCUCCUUUGAAGACCUCCCUGGACAGCUGGCCCGAGUAGCAGGCGAGGCCCCUGGUGUGGUCAGGCUGGUCAUCGGCUCCAAAUUUGACCAGUAUAUGCACACGGACGUGCCUGAGCGUGACCUCACAGCCUUCCGGCAGGCCUGGGAGCUGCCCCUCCUGCGGGUGAAGAGUGUGCCAGGGCGACGGCUGGCAGAUGGACGCACGCUGGAUGGGCGGGCUGGGCUGGCCGACAUUGCCCACGUGCUCAACGGCCUGGCAGAGCAGUUGUGGCACCAGGACCAGGUGGCAGCUGGCCUGCUCCCCAACCCCCCAGAGGACCCCCCCAGCUGAGGGGUGGUGGCAUGAUGAGUGGGCACUCCCGACCCUCAGGUGACCCAGAGCAGGACCCCAGGGCCUAAGGCUGGGACAGGAAUAUUGAUCUCAUCCCGAGGACUAGCCAGAGGGUCCUAGUCAGGGAGAAUGGUGGCCUGAGAAGGCUCCCGCCCCCAGAGCACUUUCCUUGUGGAAUUCUUGGCAGUGAGGUGGGGCACAAGGCUCGGUAGGGCAGCCGUCUGAGGGCGUCUGGCUGUCCUCUGGCCUCCUCCCUCUGCCCUAGGAGUCUGGGUUUCUGGAAACUGAGGAACUGUAUGCACAAGGCCUGAGGGCUCAAGCAUCUCCCCAGCCUCCCCCUGCCCUUCCCCCUUCUGCAGCAACCGUGGAGUGUGAUUGGGGAGAGGGGGUGCCUCAGCUGGGCCCUGGACCUCAAGUGACUUCAGUCAGAGCCUGUACGUGUUAGUUGAGGUAACACCAUCUGCUGUACCAGGUAAACCCUGAACUCUCAGUGGCUUAACUUAAGAGAAGUUUUUUUCUUUCUAUGUCUCACCUCAGGUGGAGGUGAAGGUGGGUGUGGAGGCUCUGCUCUAUACACUGAUUCAGAGACCCAGGCUCUGACAUCUUCCAUGAGUUUCUUCCCAGUUUGUCCUGGGGCAUCAACAUCCAGUCAGCAGACGGGAUGAGUGCGGGUGGAAGGUCCCCCAGCAGGUUUCUACAGACCUGGCCUAGGACGGUGUGCCUCAUUUCUGCCCACAUUCCAUUGGCCAGCACCUAGUCACAUGGUCACACAGAGCAGUGGGGGAGGUUGGGAAAUGUAGUCCACCUGUGUGUCCAGGAGGCAAGCACCUCACUCUGGAAUUCCUUUUUUUGACCAUGAAGCUGUCAAGCUAUGCUUAGGACAGGGGCCCUGCCAGCCUGGGGGAACCAGAAAGUAUCACUGGGCAGGGACUGGGCCAGGUGGGGGGGGUCAGGGCAUGAGCUGGCAGGGGGCCAGCAAGGACAGGAGAAGGAAGGUGAGUGACCUUGUGCCCUUGCCCCAUCAGCCAGACACUAGUGAA